AUGCGAUUCAUGAUUUUGUAUACGACGAUUCGACCAUUGGUUAUUCUACUGACUUUGUGCACAUCUGUUCUCGCCCAACUUUCUCUCCCCAACCCACCCUUCUUGCCACCAAACAGUUCAUCCGGCGCCCAACCUUCGUCUGGCGGUUACCCGAAUCAACAAUGGACAACACUACUCGGGAAUCUUCUUUACUUUUACGAAGCACAGCGGAGUGGUGAACUCCCAUCUUCAAAUCGAGUGUCAUGGAGAAAUAGCAGUGCACUCGACGACGGGAUAGACGCACAUAUAGACCUUUCUGGUGGAUAUUACGAUGCUGGAGAUUAUUCCAAAGACACAUUUCCUUUGAGCUUUACUUUGAUGUCGAUAUGCUGGGGUGCAAACGACUUUGGAAAAGGAUAUGAUCUGGCAAACCAAACUGCCUAUCUUGAUGAUAUGUUACGCUGGGGCCUUGAUUGGCUGAUAAAGGCCCACCCCAACGACACGACACUUUACGUUUUGAUUGCAUCAAAGGACACCGCUGAUGGGACAUACUGGGGGGGAGAUCGAAGCAUCCCUUCGCCUCGACCAGUUUAUAAAAUCAACGACUCUCAGCCAGGCACAGACGCAGCUGCUGGUGCAGCUGCUGCAUUUGCAGCGUGCUCAAAUCUCUAUGCCAGUCGUGCACUUGAUAACGGCACAUUUUCCGCUCCAGCAAAGCUUAGAAAUGACUCAUACUCCAGUACGCUUCUCACGCACGCACAGCAACUCUAUGCAUUUGCCGCCAACGCGACUGGUGGGCGCAAAACCUACCAAACAUCUGUACCACAGGUUGCGGCUGCUUAUCAAUCAUCGGGCUACGGAGAUGAACUUGCAAUCGCGGCUCUUUUCCUGUCAUGGGCAACGGGUUCUGCUUCUUUGUAUCAGGAAGCUGAAGCUUACUAUUCGAAAUACAAGCUCGGAGAUGCGAACCGAGUUUUCAAUUGGGAUUCGAAAACGCCUGGAUUGGCUGUAUUAUUCUCUCAGAUUGCGCAGUCAUUUUCGGCUUCGAGCGGGAACUUCUCAGCGUGGCAGGCCGUCGCGGAAAAUUACUUCGACUCGAUUGUCAAUAAUCAAGGUCCGGGAAGUUUGACCAAAGAUGGACUUUUGUUCUUUCAAGGAGACUCUAAUCUGGCCAGUCUGAAUCCCGCUCUCAACACUGCCAUGUUAUUGCACCGAUUCUCACCCUUAGCCUCUUCUGCAGCAAAGAAAGCUGCCUACUUGGUAGUUAUAAUUUUUUUUGGUUGCCAUAAUUGGUCUCUUAAUGUGAAAAAGGAUUUCGCAAACCGGCAAGUAGCAUAUGCACUAGGAAAGAAUUCCAUGUCAGUUCCAUAUAUCGUGGGGGUCAAUCCAAACUCGCCUUCGAAUCCUCACUCCGCAAUGGCCAGCGGCGGCCAAGAUAUCGGUCAAAUUGAUACUAGUCCAGCGCAGGAGACAUAUGUGCUCUAUGGUGCUGUUAUCGGUGGGCCGGACGAACGCGGCAGAUUUUUUGACAUUCGAAGUGACUGGCCACAGACAGAGGUUGCGCUUGACUACAACGCGCCCAUGCUUACCCUCGCAGCAAUGCACGUGUUGGCGGACACAAACGACCCCUACUACACCUCGCUGAAAGCUGGGGCUUACGACAAAGUCAAACCACAAGGCUUCCCAUGCGAUCCUGUCUUCUCCCAAGGGUGCCAAGGCCCGCAUCUCAGCAAGGGCGGACUAAUAGCGAUGGCUGUGGUGAUCACAGUGGUUGGCCUGAUUAUCCUUGGCCUGACUGUUUAUUAUGUGGUGCUACUACUCAAGAGAACGGUAACCACAUAG